GUCCCUCGGACCGGGCUGCGUGCGCAAAGCCGGAACGGCUGCGGAGCAGCCGAAGGAAGGUGACGACAGCCCCAGCAUAGGGCUCCCUGCACGCCGUGGCUCGUCCCCAAUCUCCUGCCGACACUGGGGGUUCCCGCUCACCGCUGGAUGUGCCUUAUGCCAUCCCCCUGCCCUCGUGGUAUCCGUGUCCCUUGGGUGCCUCUGUGCCUGGGGGUGCUCCAGACCCCCAGUACCCCCACACUCCCCAGCUCCUCCGCACAGACCCGGGGCAUUGCUCUGGGAUCAGGGUUACAUCAUCGGCAGACCCCACGUGCCCCCCAAGCCCGCCCAUGCCCAGGCCGGCUUCCACGGCCUCGUCCUGCCCAGUGAGGGGCCGGGGUGCGGGCAGGACUGCCCAUGGCCGGGGAUCACUGGACACUGCCCACGGAGCGUCCCAGGGGUGGCUGCCGGGAGGGAGCAGCGAGCAGAUGGCAGGGCGGGCCGAGCCGACAAUCCUCUAAUCCCAUCAGCGCCGCGGGGGCUGAGCAGAGCCGAGCCGGGCCAUGGCGGGCACACGGGCACACGGCUACCUCCUGCACCCGCUGCUCUCCCAGCUGUGCUGCGGUUGUCAUGGGCUCCGCAUGUCCACGAACACGCGGAUCCUCUACACACUCCUGCAUGUCCUGGCCUCUGCUGUGUGCUGCCUCAUGCUGUCCCGCACUGUGGCCCAAGCCAUCACAGAGAAGGUGCCCUUCUCCGUGGUGCUGUGCCAACACCUGCCUGGGGGCACAGACUGUGAGCGGCUGGUGGGCUCCUUGGCCGUGUACCGGGUCUGCUUCGGCACCUCCUGCUUCCACCUGGCACAGGCUGCCCUGCUGCUCAACGUGCGCUCGAGCUCUGACUGCCGCGCACAGCUCCACAACGGGUACGGGCAGGCCAUGGGGCUGGCACAGGGUGUCCCAGGAUGGGGCUGCCAGGGGCUCUGUCCCACUGACGUUCACUGCCCUGCAGGUUCUGGCUCCUGAAGCUGCUGGCACUGGUGGGCCUCUGGGCCGCAAGCUUCUUCAUCCCGGAAGACAACUUCAUCCAAGCCUGGCACUACACGGGUGUCUGUGGGGGCUUCGCCUUCAUCCUCAUCCAGCUGGUGCUGAUCACGGCCUUUGCACACACCUGGAACAAGAACUGGUGAGUGCCAGGGUGCUGGGUGGGCACCCACCUGCUGCCACCACUCACACGCUCUCCCACAGGCUGACGGGCGCCGCGCAGGAUAAGCGCUGGUACCUGGCCGUGCUGCUGGCCACGGCCGCCUUCUACACCCUCGCCUCUGCCGCCUUCUCCUUCCUCUACAAGUUCUACACCCACCCGGCCGCCUGCCACCUCAACAAGGCGCUGCUCACCAUCAAUGGCAGCCUCUGUGGCAUCAUGUCCUUCAUCUCCAUCACGCCCUGUGUGCGACUCAAGCAGCCGCGGUCAGGGCUGUUGCAGUCCUCAAUCAUCAGCUGCUACGUGAUGUACCUCACCUUCUCCGCGCUGUCCAGCCGUCCCCCGGAGAGAGUGCUCUACAAGGGUCAGAACCUCACUGUCUGCUUCCCGGGGGUCCGGCAGGACGAGCUGCAGACAGAGGACACCACCGUCGCCGUGCUGGGCGCUGCCAUCAUGUAUGCCUGCGUGCUCUUUGCGUGCAAUGAAGCCUCCUACCUUGCCGAGGUUUUCGGGCCCCUCUGGAUGGUCAAAGUCUACAGCUUUGAGUUUGAAAAACCCUCCUGUUGCUUCUGCUGCCCCGAGAAGAUGGAGGAGGAACUGAGAGGAACCGAGCAGACGUGUGAGCAAGUGGAGGAGAGUGCUAGGGGACAGUUCCUUGUCCAGGAUGAGCAAGACCGGGUGGUCUACAGCUACUCAGCCUUCCAUUUCGUCUUCUUCCUUGCCUCGCUCUACGUCAUGAUGACCCUCACCAACUGGUUCAGCUAUGAAAACGCAGUGCUGGAGACCACCUUCACGCACGGCAGCUGGUCAACCUUCUGGGUGAAGGUGUCCUCAUGCUGGGCCUGUGUCCUGCUCUACCUGUGGCUGCUGCUGAGCCCCUUCUGCCUCCAGAGCUCCCCACAGCACCGGCGCAGCAGCACGGGGCCGCGCGUUGUGCGGCGACGACGUGCCCCGCAGCGCAUCAAUGUCUCCACAUAGUCCCUGCCAGGACGAACUGUACCUGGGGCUGGUCCCUGCUGCACCCUGUGCCCUGGCACUGCCUAGUCCUCCUGGCCUCCCCUGACCCCCCAUCCCAGGAGAUGGUGGCAUCUCAGAGCCUGAGGGGAACCUGGAAGGUGAAUGCUUCCAGGGAUACUAGCCCUGUGCUAAGCCAGGACCACCCAAGGGGCUGGAGCAAGCCAGAGGCAGGUGUUCAGCCUGGGUGCCCUGGCACCCGCAGGGUGCACUUAAGGAGCAGGGCUCUGCCUGGCCACCCCUGCCAUGAUGUGCUCACUGUAAAUACCUCCUUCAAUACAUUUUUAUACAAAACUCUGAGCUGAGCCUGUGCCAUCACCCCACGCAGGCUGCAGCCAUAGGGGGGAAAAAUGGGGUGCCUGCAGCACCCCAGC